UCUGUAGUUCCCUAUCUACUUUCACAGAAGAAGGAAACUUAACAUGGCUCUCAUUCUAUAUAGCGCUGUGGGUUUAUUUAUUGGAAUGACAAUAGCAUUCGGUCCAGUGCCUCGGAUAACUUGGGAACACAAAGAAAUACAUCUAAUACAUUUUCAAGAGCCAAAAACGUUUAACUACUCAACUUUAUUACUAAGUGAAGACAAAGACAUUUUAUAUGUGGGAGCUAGAGAAGUAAUCUUUGCGCUAAACUCAUUAAACAUUUCUGAAAAAAAGCAAGAGGUGUUGUGGAAAGUCACUGAAGACAAGAAAACUAAAUGUGCAGAAAAGGGCAAAUCUAAACAGACAGAGUGCCUUAACUAUGUUCGUGUCUUACAACAACUGAAUGAUACUUUUCUUUAUGUGUGUGGAACAAAUGCAUUUCAGCCAGUCUGUGAUUAUCUGAAUCUGUUAUCAUUUGAACUUGGGGGUAGAAAUGAAGAUGGUAAAGGAAGAUGCCCAUUUGAUCCUGCGCAAAGUUAUACAUCAGUUAUGGUUGAUGGGGAACUUUACACCGGAACGUCUUACAACUUCUUGGGAAGUGAACCUAUUAUCUUCAGAAAUUCACAGCAAAGUCCACUAAGGACUGAAUAUGCAAUUCCUUGGCUCAAUGAACCAAAUUUCAUUUUUGCUGAUGUGAUAAGAGCUGAUCCAGACAAUGUAGAUGAGGAUGAUGACAAAGUGUACUUCUUUUUCACGGAGGUGUCUGUGGAAUAUGAAUUUCUUGGCAAGCUGAUGAUUCCAAGGAUAGCUAGAGUUUGUAAGCGGGACCAAGGCGGACUAAGGACUUUACAAAAAAAAUGGACUUCCUAUCUCAAGGCCAGGAUGCUUUGCUCUGCACCAGAUAGGAAUUUAAUUUUCAAUAUUGUGAAUGAUGUCUUUAUCUUGAAGUCUCCAAACUUGAGAGAGCCAGUAAUUUAUGGGGUUUUCUCACCACAGUUGAACAAUGUAGGCCUAUCUGCUGUGUGUGCCUACAACAUGUCGACAGUGGAGGACGUUUUUGCCAAAGGGAAGUACAUGCAAAGUGCCACAGUUGAGCAGUCUCACACAAAAUGGGUGCGAUACAACGGAGAGAUUCCGAGACCCCGGCCUGGAGCAUGCAUAAACAAGGAGGCCAGAGCAGACGGUUACCUGAGUACACUCAUCUUACCUGAUAAAUCGCUCCAGUUUGUCAAAGACCAUCCUCUGAUGGAUGAUUCUGUGACCCCAAUAGGAGACAGACCCAGACUGAUAAAACGGGAUGUGAAGUAUACACAGAUUGUGGUAGACCAAGUCAGAGCACUGAACGGCACUAUGUAUGAUGUCAUGUUCAUCAGUACAGAUCGAGGAGCCCUUCACAAAGCUAUCAGCUAUGAGAACGGGAUGCAUAUUAUUGAAGAAGUCCAGCUCUUCCCAAAUUUUGAGCCCAUUCAGACACUGCUGCUUUCUUCCAAAAAGGGCCAACAGUCCCUCUAUGCGGGGUCCAAUGCUGGGGUUGUGCAGUCCCCUCUAGCCUUUUGUGACAAGUACAGCACCUGCGUUGACUGUGUCUUAGCCAGAGAUCCAUACUGCGCUUGGGACCCCCAAGAAUCGGUCUGUGUCAACUUCAGAGAAAGUGAGGCUGAAAGGGACUGGCUUCAGAAUAUAGGCGGCGAUGCUUCCUCUUGCACUGAUAAAGUAAAAGAGCAUUCUCUGCAGCACACUUUCAAGCAUGGGAGUACUGCAGAGCUAAAAUGUUCUCAGAAGUCCAACCUGGCCCAGGUGGUUUGGAAAUUCAGAGAUGAUGUGCUAAAGGUGGAAAGCCCCAAAUACCGUCUCCUGGAGAAAGCACUCCUCAUCUUCAAUUUGUCUGAGGGCGACAGUGGUGUGUAUCAGUGCCUUUCAGAAGAAAAAGUGAAGAACCAGAAGUUCUCACAGGUUUUGGCUAAACAUGUUUUGGAACUGAAGAAAAUCCAGCACACCACUGUGGGCCCGGCCCAGCCGACAACACGGGCAGAAGGUAACGGAAGAGCUCCCAGAAAGUCAGUUGUCUUUACCCAGACUCACCUUUCCACCACUCCAGCUGCAGCAGUCACAGCAUCCAGGAUAGUAACAAACCCCGCCAUCCCCAUCCUGACAAGUACUGCCUCUGAUGAGCUCGUGAACUCUGUUGCUGAGGUUCCUGCAAGGACAAUGUUUCUCAAGUCAAACGAUAAUUGCCUUUUGAUGUUUCUCUUUCUGUUCUUUUUUGUACUGUUCCUGUGUCUGUUCUCAUACAACUGUUACAAAGGAUAUUUACCAGACCAGUGUCUGAAGUUCCGCUCUGCUUUAUUGCUUGGAAAGAAGAAGCCCAAGGCAGAUUUUUCUGAUUGUGAGCAAAGUGUGAAGGAGACUCUGGUAGAGCCUGGCAGUCUCCUGACCCAAAGUGGAGAACAGCCAAAGCCUUCACAUGACACUGGAUAUGAGACGGAAGCAGACUAUGUCAAUGGCCACGUUCAUCAUGAUGAGGAUCACUCACAGUCUUACAAAGAAGUCAAGGACAAACCUUUUGAUGUGAAGUGUGAACUGAAAUUUGCUGACUCGGAUGCUGAGGGGGAUUAAAAGAACAUCUUCAACAUCCAUAGUGAAAGUACUGUCAUUCUGACACUUUAUUUUUGAAUGGUUUAAAUGUGAUAAUGGGGCCAGAAAGGGCUAUGUAUUCUCAGUUUUAUAAUUGACACCUGGUCAUUUCACACUUGGCUAGAGACAGAUUUUGCAUUUUCUGAAAACUAUUCUGUUUCACAUUUGUUUUCUUUUAUUUUCUUUUAAAUGGCCAGUUUCCGUUUCAUGUUGUGAAUGUCUAUGCUUGUUUCUAAUGAUAAUUUAA